AUGGAAAACACACAGCCAACUCCUAUUCAUCAGUUAAAACCAUACACGAAAGCAAACAAAAUCAAAAUCCGGAUAUGCAGGAUAUGGAAAUCGACAAUCCCAGGCACUGUUCAAAAAUAUACAGCUUUGAACUGUAUAUUAGUUGAUGAAAUGCAAGAUGCCGUUGAGGCGACCACAUUAAAUGUUGACUAUGAUGUUAUGGUUGCGAAGAUUGAAGCUGGUGGAUGCUAUGAAAUCAUUGAUUUCCGUACCAUGUGUUUCCACCCAUUCCUCGCCAUCGGUUCUUUCUACAAGAUUACAACACACGCUUGGACAGGGUUGACAUCCUUACAGUCCUUGGAAGAAAAACAGAUUAAUCAGAGGGUUGCAUACAAAUGUGAUGUGCACAUUCAGAAUAUAAGAAAAGAAGAACUCACGGUUACGUUAUGGGCAGACAUUGGUGAAGCUUUUUCUUCUUUGUCAACAGAGGCAUUUUCGCUGCCAGUCGUGGUUGUUUUCACAAGUUUAAAAGUCAGACGCUACCUAGGUAAGAUUGUCUUAAACAGUACCGGUUCAUCACUUUUUUUCAUUGAUCCAGACAUCCCGGAAGUGAAUUCCUACAAGUCAGUGUUUUCCAACUGCAAAGAAUUUCCAAAAAUAUUGCCUCCGUCUUCAGACCAGGCAAAUGAAGCUAAACUUCUACAGACUGCAAAAAAAGUUACAAUUGAUGAAUUGGCUUUCUUGGAUCCAGAUUUGUACAAGGAUGAGACAUUUCUAUGUAAAGCAGCUGUGAAGCAUUUUGACACACGUUACGAUUGGUGGUAUAGUGCCUGCCCCAUUUGUGUAAAACAAAUGCAUAAGGACCCAACAAGUGCACAACUAAUUUGUCAAAAACACCCAAAUCAAAUUCCAACACCUUGGUAUAAGGUCAAUCUGAUACUCGAAGAUGAAACCAAUGAGAUUGAUGCUUUGAUAAUUGGAAAAUGUGGUGAAAAACUUUUUGGCAUGAGCUGCAAAGAUUUGGUUCUGAAUCAGACAUUGGUGGACCAUCAGCAAUUACCAAAUGAAUUUCUUAGACUAAUCAGGCAAAAGAAAAUUUUCCAUCUGCGGUUUGGAAAUAGAAGAAAUAAUUUCAAUCCAAGCAAUGUCCUCAUUCAGAAUGUAACCGACGAUACAACCAUGCAACCAACAACUCCACUGCCUUUGCCAAGAGAAAUCACGGGGUCUUCCACGACUGUUUCGUCUUCUACUUCAAGUGCUGAAACUACUGAACAAUCGAAUAAAAGGAAGAGGGAAUCAAUCAAGAGGACUCUUUUCACCAACAAUGAGCAAAGAGAAAUGGAAGAAGUUUCAGAGGCGGAUCCAAGGGAGUUUGAUGAAUUUCCAAUAAAGUUGCUCAAAAAGAAAUCGUCACCAACUAGCGGAAAACUUGCUUGCUUGCUUAAGGAUGAACGAUGCAGUGCCAAAACUCAUCUCCGAUACUGAAACGCAGUAACCGUUUUUUGUUAAUAUGUAUCAAACAAUAUUGAUAAUAUUUGGCUGCCAUCUAAAUGUCUCUCUGGUCUGGACUUCAUAAUAUUUUUUGCAUGUACAAUAUUUGGCUGCCAUGUAAAUAUCUCUCUGGUCUGGACUUGAUAAUAUUUUUUGUAUGUACAUGCUGGUUCCACUUGAGAGGUAGAUGCAAGUGGUAGAAUCCAAUCAAUCACUUUUAUGUAUUUUUUUUUUUGUCUAUCUGUAAAGAAAUAGGUUUUAAUCUUUUGUAUCUGGAUUGUACAAAUUUAAUAUUGUAUAUAUAAACCACUUCCAAAAUCUUUGUUCACGGUGAUGUAAAUAUUCUGUGAUCUACUUUUUACAUGUCUUCAACACAGUGUUGCACAGAAUUUCCGCAACUACACUCAUUCUGAACUCAAUUUGGAGCAACAUUCAUUAAGCCUUUCUUUUACAGUUAGUUUCAUUUGUUUAUAUUUGAAUCAACACCUUUUUAACAAAUAAUGAUUCUUCCAACUGCUCAUAAAUUGAUUCUUUUAUUUUUCUUGCAACUUCGACCGUUCAUCUAUUGAAAAUACCAUGCGUCAAUCAGCGAUGUGGACUUUUCUCAACAUAUGACCAUCAAAUCUUGAUGUCACCGGUCAUGUAAUUACCGUCCAAUGUUUGGAGCCAAAUCAGAUCAAUCAGAGGGUAGCAUACAAGUGUGACAUACGUAUUGAAAAUAUCAG